GAUUAUGUUUGGAUUAUGUUUAAACUCUACCUGCGGUAUGUCGUUCAUAGUCAAACUCGCGACUGCAUCCGGGUCGCGUGCCCGUCUACUUCCUGUACUUAUUUCAUAAAGUCGGAACGUACAGAAGGAAGGAUGCUGUCCCUGUCUCGAGCAGUAGUGAGCGGGGUGACUCGUGUCCCUGCUGCCGUUAGUCAAGGUGGCGUCACAGCCGUCACUCGAUUCAACAGCACAGCACAGAGUGCUCCCAAGAAAACUACUUUUGGGCCACUAGCAGACGAGGAUAGAAUUUUCACUAACCUUUAUGGCCGUCAUGACUGGAGGCUGAAGGGGGCAUUAAAACGUGGCGACUGGUAUAAAACAAAGGAGAUCCUUUUGAAGGGAGUUGACUGGAUCCUCAAUGAAAUCAAGGUUUCUGGCCUACGUGGACGAGGUGGAGCCGGUUUCCCUACUGGCAUGAAGUGGAGCUUCAUGAACAAGCCCAGUGAUGGCAGGCCAAAAUACCUUGUGGUGAAUGCAGAUGAGGGCGAGCCUGGCACCUGUAAGGACAGGGAGAUCAUGAGACAUGACCCACACAAGCUGGUGGAAGGUUGCCUGAUCGCUGGGAGGGCCAUGGGGGCGCGUGCUGCUUAUAUUUACAUCAGGGGAGAAUUUUACAAUGAAUCAUCCAACCUGCAGGUGGCUAUCAAUGAGGCCUAUGCUGCUGGCCUGAUUGGGAAAAACGCAUGUGGCUCUGGGUAUGACUUUGACGUGUUUGUGAUGCGUGGUGCCGGAGCGUACAUCUGUGGAGAAGAGACGGCUCUUAUUGAGUCAGUUGAGGGAAAACAGGGAAAACCUCGUCUGAAGCCCCCUUUUCCUGCUGAUGUGGGUGUCUUUGGUUGCCCAACAACUGUUGCCAACGUGGAGACAGUAUCUGUGGCGCCCACCAUCUGUCGUCGUGGAGGCACAUGGUUUCUGGGCUUUGGAAGAGAGAGGAACUCUGGCACAAAGCUCUUCAACAUUUCUGGCCAUGUUAACCACCCCUGCACUGUAGAAGAGGAAAUGUCCAUCCCUAUGAAAGACCUUAUUGAACGACAUGCAGGUGGAGUGCGUGGUGGGUGGGAUAACCUGCUGGCUGUAAUCCCUGGUGGCUCCUCAACACCACUAAUUCCCAAGAAAGUGUGUGCAGAGGUGCUGAUGGACUUUGACGGCCUCAUCCAGGCUCAGACUGGCCUGGGCACAGCUGCUCUUAUUGUCAUGGACAAAUCUACCGAUGUUAUCAAAGCUAUUGCCCGCCUGAUUGAGUUCUACAAACAUGAGAGCUGUGGCCAGUGUACACCCUGCAGAGAAGGAGUGGAUUGGAUGAACAAGAUGAUGUGGCGCUUUGUAAAUGGUAACGCUCGGCAAUCAGAGAUCGACAUGAUCUGGGAGAUCAGUAAGCAGAUUGAGGGGCACACCAUUUGUGCUCUCGGUGAUGGUGCAGCAUGGCCUGUGCAGGGAUUGAUCAGACACUUCAGGCCUCUGAUGGAAAGCAGAAUUAACGAAUACAAGCAGCAGCAGGGCAGCAAGAUUUAAAUAGUUGCUUUAAGUCUUUAAAUUUCUGCCCCAUAUGCCCUCAAACCUGUGUUUAUGUUAAUCACAGAUUAUUUAAAUAGACAAUAUGCCAUUGUGUCCUCUCUUCAGGUUUUUUUGUUUUCAUGUACCUUGUCAGAGUAUCAUAAUAAAGUUCUAUGAACCUUAA